CACCUGACGUUUACUCUGUUUCGUCCUCUCUUACUGUCAAACAUUCAACUCCUUUCAUUUUCUCCUCCGGCAGAGUUGUGUGUCUCAGCAGAUCGGUUCCUUGGAGGCAGGAGUGAGGCUGAUUGUGGAUUGCUGAGCACGGGCCUGAUUGAGACGUCAUGUGGAGUAGCUGCCUGCUCUGAGGUGACAGGAAAUCAACCCAUCUACGGCAUUUAGCUCUCGAUACUUGGACGCUUUAAAAAGAGGUUGAUGGAAACCCCCGGCAAUUAACUUGACGUCACCGGAGGAGUUAUUUAACUCACUUUUAACAUCACCCGUCCAUUCCCAGGUGGAGCAGAUUGCGAGGACUCGGAUGGCUUUACUCACAUACGGCUCUUUGGAAGCAGCUUGAAAUCUACUAUGAAAAUGGUCAUUUGAUGGAUGCUUUUCAAUGCAAAUGUCAUUUCCCAAAUCAGACAUGAACGUAUGUAUCUAUGUGUGUAUUUAUUCAUGUAAAUCACAUCCACUGUCGGUGCUUUUCAUUGGUAGAUUUAUAGGGAAGUUAUUGGAACGGUGUUCCGCUGUUCAGCCACAGUAUGAGUAACCAUUCCCACUGGUAUUAUCAGUAGUUUUAUGACCGAUUUGAGAAUACUUGGCCGAACCAAAAGCCAACAGUGGCAGCAUAGCUGAAGGCAUGAUGCUGCUGUUGAACAGUUCAGAGGAUCUGCUGGGGAACGGCAGCAACACUGGGCAUGGAGACGUGGAGCGGGUCCUCGUCCCCGUACUAGAUGCACUGAUUCUGGUGCUGGGAGUUAGCGGACACACCAUGGUGAUGAUGAUCCUGUGUGGAAGGCGGAGGAGUGGCGUGAGACACAUUGGCCAGUCCCGUCAAAGCCCCAUGACAGGAACAGGAACAGACGUCCUCCUGGUGGCUCUGAGCGCUGCCGACCUGCUUUUGCUCUCCAUGCUCCCUUUCCACACCGUCGCCAUAGCCAUGCAGCGGUGGCCGUUCGGAGACUCUAUGUGUCGCCUGGUGAGCUUCUUGGGAUCGGCCUGCUCCUCCGCCAGUGCCUUCACGCUGGCCGCGCUGGCUGCUUCUCGAUAUCUGACUGUGGUGUGGCCUGCCAGGGCUUUCUGCCUCCUCUCCCCUCGCCGUGUGUCUAUAGCUGCUGUGCUCCUGUGGGUCCCGGCCUGCUGCCUGGCUACUCCACAGCUGGUUUUUCGCUUUGUGGGAGCCACCCCACCCCGAGCCUCUGAUGGCCUUGCUUGUUUUUCUUUCCUAUCCCACAGAGACCAGUUGAUCUAUGGAUUGUUUCACUUCCUUCUGGCCUUCUUGCUUCCACUGGUCACCAUUGCAGUGGCAUACGGCAGCAUCUACAGGUUCCUCUGGAGGAGCCAACGGGCCGGCAGGGCUCCCCAAGUAGAGCGCUACCACAGCAAAGUGACCCAGACGUCGGCCAUGCUGGUGCUGGCUUUUGCCCUGUGCUGGCUGCCCUCCUACGGACUGACACUCGCCUUACUGGUGGAUGAACACUCAGGGACCACUGGUACAUCCCCACGUUACGGCCCCUUUGGUGUAUUUGCACGCCUCAUGGCAACAUCCUCUAUGGUGAUAAACCCCAUCCUAUAUGUACUAAUGUCCCAAAAGUUCAGACAAGACCUGCUGAGGCUGUUCAAGAGGGACGAGCAAGGAACCAGUGUUGCUGUGGCAAUGGAAGCUGCCUGACAGUAUUACCAUCAACAACCAGCUCGAUAUGUCACACACAGAAACUGGAUAAAUCCUGAUUUAUUCUGAAUCCAGAACAAUUUUAAGCCAAGCAGCUUUGUCGGAGGACUCACGUGGGGAAAGAAGGGACACGAUCUUUACCCUCAAUUUGAAACGUCUACUUCACAAGCAGGAACAAGGAACAAUACCAACAACAGCAUCUUUGCCUCUUCACAACAUUCAAUGAUUGUCUGGGUAUUGUUCAAGACGAUCAAACCAGUAGCACUGAGAGUUGCUGCUCCACGGGGAAAGUGGGAUAAACAAUCGUGAAUCAUGCAGUCCUUGUAAAACCUUUUAAAGUAAAGCCCUGUGGGUAAAACAUUAACGGUGCACCUGUGUUUUGUUGUGCUGAGAUAAGGUUAUCUGUGAAUCUGAAUGCCUGGUUGUACUGAUCAACAUUCCUUUCUCGAAGCUUUGUGUCUUGUUUGGCUACAGCUUCAGAAUAAAAGCUUGCUGGUG